CCUAUCAGCGUAGACUACGUUUUCUCGAUCCAACUAGCAACUGAGGCCAGAUUGGCGAAACACACGCAAGAACAUUAUCUCAGUAGCAUUACUCUAAGAUGCGAAGUUUUAUCCAGUAAUUCAAACUGACCUGACCAAUACUUGCUCGAUUGUUGUGUUUCUUGCCUUUGAAAAGCAAAACAUUAAAUUUGGUCAAUUAUCAGAAGUCAAAGAUUCAUUAUUAGUUGAAUGCAAAACCUGCGCGUGAUUUACCAAUAACAGGGAUGAAUUCAAAAACAAUUGACAACGCGCGGAAAACGAGUGCCCGCGCAUCGGAAAAACACUUGAAACACGAGAUUUCAUUACUCUUUUGUCGUGUUAAUGCGUUGCUAGGGAGAUUUAUAUUUUGCCCACGCGAAAAAGUUAAAAUCAUUACAUAUUCCCAAAUAAAAUGGAUCAGGCAAAGCUUGGGCGGGUGAUAGGACUCUGGGAAUCAGGUGUAUCGGUUUCAGCGCUAGCAGCUGAAGUCAAUAUUAGUGACUCAACAGAUUUAGAGAAGGUGGCAUCGAAGGACUUCAGGACCACCGAAGAGACAAUGGUGCUGCUCACCAAACAACCGCCUGAGCAUCAGACUAUUUUGGCAGAGGCAAUGGCUGAUCAUUUUCAGGCAGUAACCAUUGUCGGUCCCACCUUGGGAGUCACUGCCAGCCCCUGGAUCGUCCGAGCCCAACUGAAGGAAGCAGGAUUAACUAGGAGGGGGAACGCAUUGGGCGUACGUACAAGAUGGCUCAGAUCACCUUGUAUGGUGAUACUGGAACAAUACUGCUACCUCUGAACAAAAAGGGGCAUCUACCAUUGGAUCUCUUGCAAAAUUUUAUUUCAAAGGCUCUUAACAUACCAUGACAAUGAGGAAAAGCCUCAUGGUUUAUAAACAUGGUUUAUAGCCGUGCUAUAGCCAUCGGCAUAAUAGAUCCGUUAUUAGACAGUGCUUGUCAGUUUAAGUAGAUGUCCCCACCGGACUUCCGUACCUGUUGCCAAACUCAAGACCACAGCUGUGGUCUAACCUUGACAUACAUACAAAGAAGCGGUGUACACAGCAUGCUUUAAGCCAUUUAUCUACAUACAAUAUCGCUCUUUUUUAGUCUAAUUGCUCACAAAUAAAUGUACUUUUCAAUCAUCAAUUAAUUUACUACUUGUUGUUUCACAUCUUAGACCCAUGAUGAAUGAAUUAGGCUCAGUUGUACUUGAGAGGCAACAAGUAUUGAAAGAGCCCAAUGAUGUAUUAUUAUUUAUGAUGUUAUUAUAGUAUUACAAUUUGGCUCAUUUUGGGAAUUAAAUUAUAGUAAAAACAUUUCCAUAAAGACAAUAGCUUUCUUAGAAAUCAAAGCGAACUAUUGAUUACUUAUGGUAGAUGUAAGUUAUUUUAUUCUUUAUAGAAUAUAAAUACACAUAGUUUGGUUUACUCUUUGUUCUGGCUUAUGUAUUUGUAAAUAGUCAGAACUCUAGUUUGCUCAUCUGUACUAUGAAUUUCAUACAUGUUCAAAUUUUCUAUGCACUUUGUCACGCACAUGGUAUUUGAUGGUAAUCAUAUUACAUUAAUCUGUGUGUUAUCUAUAUUUUCAAUACACUAGUGAAUAGCUAGAUUGGAUUCUAUCAAAUUUUUCUUGUUUAUAGUUGGAUACAAGCAAUUGUAUGAUGAAUUAGUAUCAAUGAAAUGAGAUCUGCUAUCCCAAUUGACAAAGACUAGAUUACGUGAUCAACAGGUCAAAGUUCACUGAGCCCAGUUUUCCUUGACGAUACCUUGGAUCUCGAUUAUAUAGAUUAACAAAUUUGAAAGAUGAUACAUAGGCAAUGCUUAAAGUAGCAAGGCUGAAUAAAAAUAUUUGAUAAUUAUACGGAAGUUUGAAUCUAACGUAUAACAGAAUUACACAGGUCAUCAAGUUCAUUGGGACUCUAAACCAGUUGAUAAUACUGGUUCUAUGUGUUUCAGGAAUAACAAUUCCACGUAAAUAACCGAUAGCUGGAUAAUACAUACCUAUUGCAACUUCGUAACAUAGAAAUGAAAAUAGGCAUAGAUAAGUUCCAAUUAUUUCCAUGGACUCGUCCGUUUGAAUAUAAGACCCAUACGUACACAUGAAAAUACUGAGCAAGCUAAUGAAUAUGCAAAUGUUCAGUAGAUUUUCACAAGGCAUACAAAAUCGCGAAUGCAAAACGGUGUACAGAUAGCUACCAAGCAUCAUGCAAAUCAUAAAUGAGCUAAAUAUGACUCCAUGAAAUGGAUGGAUUGGAUCCAAAACCGGUGUCCAUAAAACUACAAAUACAUACAUUACAGAUUCAUAUAGAGAUUGAACGAUACCCAAAUACAAUAAAAUUUUAUUGUGUCUACUUGUAAUUAGUUUGAAACUACUUUCAUAGUUUUGAUUUUUCAAACUAAAAUCACUAACAGAAUUUUCUUCCCAGUGAAUUGCACAAAAAUAUCCUGCAGCUACUAGAAUUGGGAUUGCUAUUAUAAAAGGAGCUAGAGGACCCAUAUUGAACUCGUCGACGAACAUGGAAGAUACAAACCCAGCAACAAUUGCCAUCAACCCGUUGACAAAUGUAGAUUUACUGAGUGUUGAGUUGAUCCAGUCUUUUUCUAAGUCAUAUUUAAACAAAUGUUGCCCAAUGUACCAGGAUUCAAAUGAUGAGAAUAGUAUAGAAGUUGAUAUACCGCCAAGAAUUCGACCAAUCAAUAAGAUCAUAAAGUUAUUGUGAACUUUACAGAGGCACGCAAAUGAAUAUAGAAUACUAUAGGUAACGCAUAACUUCUUUCUGCCAAAUUUAUCAGCCAAAUGACCAACAACUAUACCAAAUGCUGUACUACUCGCAAAACCGGCAACGUAUAACAACAAUACAUCUGCACUGCUAUACCCAUAAUGAGUAUACAAUCUAUAAAUAUAUGGGCCUUGAAGCCAGUCAGCAAAUGUUGCUAAUAAAAGUACUAAAAAAUAUUUUCUACGCAGCCUUAGAUAUAUUAUUCGAUCCGAAUUACAUUCGCCUUCCAUUUUCUAUGGAGAAUGCUGGGUUAUCAAAAAUUGAUCAGACAGUCUAAUGCAGAUGAGUAAAUUACUGUUGCAAAGAAGAAGGUGUCACCUAGCCACAGCAAUCUGCAAAUAAAGGGAUACUUAUUUAUAUGAUUGUGGGGUUUGACUAAAUAGUCUACUAUGAUUUAUUCAAAGACUGCACAUGCAAUUGACAAAGAUUUGAUUUACCGUUUUGAAUGAUUAUCAUUAGCUAUUGGUGUACAAAGUAAACAAUGCUAUUUUUGGAAAUAACUUGUAACCAAAAUUAUAGUGAUGAAAAUAACUCAGAAAAAGCAACAUAAAGCCAUUGCAUAAUAGAAUUGGUGAAAUAUAGUAUGUGUCAAAUUGAUCAAAAGCUCUGCACCGGCACUUAUGUGAGUGGAAGUAAAAAUUAUAAGUGGCAAACCGUUACUGUGGGCUUGAUGGAAACCUUAUGAUUAAGAUCAUGCUUUUUGAAUAAAUGGUAGCAUAAAAGCAUAGUAACAUUUAUACUUUGUUGACUGAUAAUGUUUGAUGUAGCACCAGCUGCAAGUGAAUUCCGACAUGGGAAAAAUUCUGAAAAGUAAACAAGUGUAGCAUGUGAGCCAUGAUGAGUGUGGCGUUAUUUCUUUAUAGAUAAAACGUUAAUUGCGAUAAGA